CGCUUCUCAACCAUGGCUGCCAAAAUCUUUCCCUUGUUAUCUACACUCCUAUUGUUUUUUCUUCAUCUCCACUCCUCUGCCGGACAAAAUGUUGUUCGAGCUGCUUACUGGCAUUACGGUACUCAAUUUCCAGUUUCGGAAAUAGAUUCAACCCUUUUCACCCAUCUUUUCUGUGCAUUUGCUGAUCUUGAUAGACAAACUUACCGAGUUACUAUUCCAUCAGCCAACCAAGCUCAGUUCUCAACCUUCACAGAAAUUGUCCGACGGAGAAAUCCUUCUGUCAAGACCUUGUUAUCCAUCGGUGGAGGAGGCGGAGAAGCAGUUGCUGCUGCCUUUGACUCUAUGGCAAGCCAAGCGAAUUCGCGUAAGCAAUUUAUCGAUUCAUCGAUAAUUAUAGCAAGAUCCUACCGUUUUGACGGUUUAGACCUUGACUGGGAGUACCCUGACACCACCACAAAGAUGGCCAACUUGGGUUUGCUUCUUACUGAGUGGAGAGCUGCUAUAGCCAACGAAUCUGCCGUCACAGGCAACGCCCCAUUGCUUCUAUCAGCAGCAGUGUUCCGCUCAUCGGAUUAUUUCACCAUCGAUUACCCAGUUCAAGAAAUAUCAAACAGCUUGGACUGGAUCAACGUAAUGGCCUAUGAUUUUUACGGUGCUGGUUGGUCAAAUGUCACCGGACCACCAGCAGCACUGUAUAAUCCUGGUACUACAGUUAGUGGUGAUUACGGGGUUAGAACCUGGAUUCAAUCUGGUUUAUCAGCUAAUAAAAUAGUCCUUGGAUUUCCCUACUACGGUCGAGCUUGGCGGCUUGCAAAUGCUAAUGAUAAUGGCUUCUUUGCACCUGCUGUUGGAGCAGCUCUAACGGAUGCUGUAAGUUAUGAAGAGAUCAACGACCUCAUUGAUGACGAUGAUGCAACAGCACUUUAUAAUGCAACUUAUGUCUCAAAUUAUUACUAUUCUGGGACGACAUGGAUCGGUUAUGAUGAUACAACCAGUAUUUCUGCUAAGGUUACAUAUAUUAAGGAUAACGGACUGCUCGGUUACUUUGCAUGGCAAGUUGCUGGAGAUGAUGAUUGGGCUCUUUCUCGACAAGCGGCAUCUACAUGGGGAGCAUAGGCAAAGAUUGCCAGUGAGAUGAAGACAUGAUAUGACAUUACAAUACGUAUACCUCUUUGAAAUAAACCAUCUGUGAUAUGUAUUCUUCUUUUAGUUGCAAUCACUCAUUAUGUAUACAUCAAUAAUUUAAUUAAAUAAAUUUAUUUUUAUGUGUGAA